AUGAACCACGACACUGCACACGCAGGGCACAAUAUGCCCACAGGCGGCGGCGGCCCUCGCUGUUCAAUGAACAUGUUGUGGAACACAGACAUAAUCAACACAUGCAUCGUCUUCCGCUCCUGGCACAUCCACACGCAUACUCAAUUCGUCCUCUCACUCCUCGCCAUCGUCUUGCUGGGGGUUUUCUAUGAGUACCUCCGUGUUGUGCAGCGCAGCUUGGAUCGCCGUAUCGCGCUGGGUCUCAAUGCAGCCAAGGGGAAGAUCAGAGUCCCGAGUAGGGGGAGCAGCCCUGGUGCGGAGGGCGCUGAGGGGUUGGAGGACUCGUUGCUUGGGGGACGGAAUGGACGCGCGGUUAAGUCGGCUUUGAAUGGAACUCCGGUGGCUCCUGUGUCAAGGGCCCUCCGUGCGGCCUUGUAUGGCGCCACCGUGUUCCUAUCCUUCUUCCUCAUGCUGGUGUUCAUGACGUACAAUGCAUAUUUGAUCAUAGCCGUCGUCGUCGGCGCUGCCCUUGGUCAUUAUAUUUUCGGCGCAACCAUGAACGUUGAUGCAAUUCUUGUUGAUACCCAGGGAGGCAAGGGCAUGGCGUGCCAUUAG